ACGUUGUGCUGCAUCCACUCCAGGCCAGGUCCUUUGUGACGAUGGGGAGGGCUAAAAGGGUCAUAACAGCUCUCUGGUUAGCUUCGUGUAUUUUUUCAAGUCCCGCCAUAUUUAGUAAGAAAGUAACCGCCCACUACUGGGAGGAAGAGCUCGAACCUUAUUCGUAUACGUGUAACAACGCCUGGCCUAGCGAGGCCAUGUCCAUCAUAUACUCGGUAUACCUGUUCCUUCUUCUGUUCUUCGUUCCUCUGUUGAUUGUCUCCUACGCCUACAUGAGGAUAGCGUGCCAUCUAAACAGUACAAGGGAGCGUUCAUCAGGGGAGUCUAAUGGUUCACCGUUUAACAGACCGGUUCUGUCGAGAUACCGGGUAUGGUACCGGAAUACAUCAGGGUGGUCUAGUGGUUCGUCAUUCGUCCGCAGAGCCGAAGCUGCAAGUCAGGCCAACGGGGUUACCAUUGAUGACGAUACAACCGAAGCGGACGCCUUGCGUUCGGAGCCGAGCAGGGUGGAAAACCUGAAUGAUUCGCCAGCCCCCAGAAGGCAUCGUGGGACCAGUGAGGGUGACAAGAUACAGAGGGUCAUAACAAUGUUGGCCAUAGUGGUGGCGCUCUUCAUCCUGAGUUGGGGUCCGCUCCUGACGUACACCUUGAUCUACCGUUUCAUUGACGACAUGCCCUACAACACCCACGCCGUUCUGAGUCUCUUCCUCCACCUCCUAGCCGCCUGCAACAGCUGUGUCAACCCCAUCAUCUAUGCGUUCCUGUCCAAGAACUUUCGGCAGAGUUUCAAACAGACGAUCACAUGUCACACCCGCAAACGCCGGCGUUCCAAACGUAGGAGACUGGGCAUGCGCAUUAGAGGGGUUAACGAAAGAGCAUUUGAACUAAAUGAAAAUAAAGCAUUUUCCCGCGUCUUCCUUGAUGAGAAUUACAGGACUCGGGAAGCUAUAUCGGGGGAUGUAUCCGUGUCAAGGCCUCGCACGACAAGUUUACAGCUUCAAGUGUUCGACUGAAAUUUUUCCAUCUUGAGAAGUUAGAACAAAAUUUGUUCUCUUUAUUAAAAGGAGAAUACAACCUUGAAAGACCUAUAUUCUACAGGAAAGCAGAAGCUAAUCAGAAAAGAAACCUGGUGAAAGUUCGAACGAAAUCGGUCAGGAAAUGAGAAAGUUAUGGAUUUUUUAAAAGUUCUAAUCACAUACGUAUGCAAGUUUUUUUAAAUAUUUGUUUUUACAUUGAUGUGAGUUUUUUUCCUAUAUGUCAGGGUAUUUGAAUAAGCAUUCCAAGUUUAUGUUGUACAUUUUGUUUGGGGGAGAGGUUAAGAAUUGAUCCUCAUUUUUUAAACGAUGUGUACAAAAUCAUAUACAGAAAAUCAAUAAUAUUCGACAAAAAUGGUUGCGUUGAAAAGAGCCGAAAGGUAGCUGCUUCAAAUGUUGUGGGGAAUUCUAGCGGUUGAACAAAUAACUUUCCAACGACAAGUCUUUUUAUAAAACAGUAAAUGUAAAUAUUAACAGAAAUAGUACUUGUCUUUGAGAAAGAGGAUGACAUCAUCUAGGAUGUUUUCGUAGUAUUGAUACUGUACUGCUUCUGCUGCUGCUGUUACUACAACCGUUAUUACUACUACUACUAAUGAUAAUAAUACUACUACUGCUACAACUACUAUUAUUACUACUAC